AUGGAGGAACCUGAGACAGGCAGGGGGCCCCCAGCCCGCCCUGCAGGCGAGCGGCAGCAGCAGCAGCCGCAGCAGCAGCAGCAGCGGCAGGGGAGGCGCCAGGACGCGAGCGCGUUGAUGCCUUUGAUGGUGUUGGGCGUCCUUGUUGUCCUUCCAUCUCUUCUCUCUCUUUUGAGCAACCUGAGCACCUCCAGCAGCAGCAGCAGCAGCAGCAGCAGCAGCAGCAGGGAAGGGGGGGGCUUGAAGUGGCUGCUCGAGGCGCACAAUCCUUUGCCGGCAGUAGUAACACCGAAUCAGACAGGGGCGUUUGAGAUAUAUUAUGAACGAGAUCUUAUCUGGAGUGCUAUAGAGAGACAGCAGCAGGGCAUGGCCGCUAUGCCUACUGGCGGAGAGCUGCUGCAUGCUCUCGAAGCAGCGGGGGCCCCUCUUCUUGGUAGCAGCAGGCGAUUUUAA